CUCAGUGGUUAUCUCUCCCGGCUGGUGUGUGUGGCUCUGCUUUCUCUGUUGAUCCCGGAUAACCUGCUCCCGUGUGCUGGUGCCCCCUCUGGCUCCGCUUGUCCUCCCGGCUGACGGAAGCGUGGAGCAGUGUCUUCAACGGAGUGCCUUUAGCGGAGGAGAGAGAGGGGAGGCGCGUCGCGUCCGUCUCAGCACGCCCAGAGAGCGGCAGCAGCGACGGCCGAGGAGCUCUAUUGUUCCCUUGCGUUAGAGUUAGAGCUGGUUCUCCUUUAGCCGACUAACCCCCCAGCAAUCCAGUCAACGGAGAGGAGACAGAAGAGGCGAGGAGAGGAUAAGACGUCCCGGACUACCAACCCCUUCAGGACGGAGUACUCCAUCCUCUUUCAAGAGGGACAAAACCAAGCACACAUUUUCCGUCGGCAUCAUUUGUGUGUUUUUUUUCCCUAAUUUUUCUUUGUUUCUGUGACCUUCCUCUGUGUGUGGAUUUACUCGCGAGGCGAGAACCAUGAGGCUGGACGGUAUGGGUGCAAGGGUGCCCGGCGCUUCGAGAGGUUUGCUCUUGCGCCUGUUUCAGGUAGCGCUGCUGCUCUGUGGUAUCUGGGAUGCUCGAGGACAAACUACAGCACCCACCAAGUCAGUUUACGUCUGGGAGACAGGGCCCUGGGGGAGGUGUAUGGGCAGUGAGUGUGGCCCGGGUGGGAGUCAGAGCCGGGCAGUGUGGUGCGCCCACAUAGAGGGCUGGACCACCCUCCACACCAACUGUCCGCAGGCAAGACGUCCGGACAACCAGCAAAGCUGCUUCCGCGUGUGCGACUGGCACAAGGAGCUCUAUGACUGGCAGCUGGGCGAGUGGGGCCCGUGCGUGCCAGUGUCCCUCAGGACAUCCGGGGGGUACCGGCCCGCGGUGUGCACGCGGGGCGAGGAGGGCAUCCAGACGCGGGAGGUUGGGUGCGUCCAAAAGGCCAACGGGACGCCCGCUGAGGACGUGAUCUGCGAGUACUUUGAGCCCAAGCCUCGCCUGGAGCAGGCCUGCCUCAUCCCCUGCCCCCAGGACUGCGUGGUGUCCGAGUUCUCCCCCUGGUCCGCCUGCACGAAGACCUGCGGGACGGGUCUGCAGAACCGCGUCCGCAGCGUCCUGGCCCCGCCCCUCUUCGGCGGCUCGUCCUGCCCCAACCUGACGGAGUUCCAGACGUGCCAGCCGGGCGCGUGCCAGGGCGAGGAGAGCAUGUACAGCCUGAAGGUGGGGCCGUGGAGCGCCUGCUCACUCCCCCACGCCAGGCAGGCGCGGCAGGCCAAGCGCAGGAAGAACAAGGAGCGCGGCCGGGAGAAGGGCGGGGGGAAGGACCCCGAGACCCGGGAGCUUAUCAAGAAGAAGCGCAAUCGCAACAGGCAGAACCGGCAGGAGAGCAGGUUCUGGGACCUGCAAAUUGGUUACCAGACCCGAGAGGUGACGUGUAUGCACAGGAGUGGAAAACCUGCUGCGAUCAGCUUGUGUGCCCAGCAAACCCUCCCUGUGACCUUCCAGUCCUGUGUCCUCACCAAGGACUGUGAGCUGACUGAGUGGGCGGAAUGGGGGCCCUGCUCCAAGGACUGCUACGACCCCAAUGCCCCAAGCAGCACGCGCUCACGGACCCGAAGGGUGCAGCAGUUUCCUGUGGGGGGCGGGGCAGAGUGCCCUGCCCUGGAGGAGUCUGAACCUUGCACCCCUCAAGCAGACGGUCUUCCUCCCUGUGCCACUUACAGUUGGAGGACCACAGAAUGGAGUGAAUGUAGAGUGGACACGUUGCUAAGCCAACAGGACCGGCGUCGCGGCAACCAGACCGGUCUGUGCGGUGGCGGGAUCCAGAGCAGGGAAGUCUACUGCGUGCAGGCCAACGCUGACCUGCUUUCCUACCUCAACAAUCUCAAGGACAAAGAAGAUGGUCAGCCCCAAAGCAAGGUGAAGCCUAGUGCUCCCCCCCUCCUUUCCAUCUCAUUCGAAAUCACAGCAUCCCGUCCAGUAGACAACAAGCUGUGUUCAGGUCCUGUCCCAAACACCACCCAGCUGUGUCACAUCACCUGUCCCAUUGAGUGUGAGGUCUCCUCCUGGUCUGCCUGGGGUCCCUGUACAUUUGAAAACUGUGAUGAGCAAGUUGGAAAGAAAGGUUUCAAGCUGAGGAAACGGAGCGUUAUAAACAACCCAACUGGUGGAACUGGAAACUGUCCGCAUCUGGUAGAGGCCAUACCGUGUGAUGACCCAAGCUGCUAUGACUGGCAGCUGGUUAAGCUUGAGGAAUGUGUCCCAGACAAUGAGAAGGAAUGUGGGCCCGGAACACAGACCCCACAGGUCCGCUGCACUAAUAGUGAUGGGGACACAGUGGACCGGCAGCUGUGCCGGGACGCUAUCUACCCCGUCCCCAUCGCCUGCGAAGUGCCCUGCGCCAGAGACUGCGUCCUCAGCCCUUGGUCAUCAUGGUCCCAGUGCUCCCACACCUGCUCUGGGAAGACCACUGAAGGGAAGCAGAUGAGAGCUCGUGCCAUCCUCGCAUACAACGCCGGAGAAGGGGGGCUUCAGUGUCCAAACAGCAGUGCCCUGCAGGAGGUGCGAAACUGCAAUGACCAUCCCUGCACAGUGUACCACUGGCAGACCGGCUCCUGGGGACAGUGUAUCGAAGACACCUCUGUCUCCAGCACCAACGCCACCAGCAGGGGGGCGGGCGAGUCCUCAUGCUCUGUGGGAAUGCAGACCAGGAAGGUCAUCUGUGUCCGGGUCAACGUGGGACAAGUGCCCCCCAAGAAAUGUCCAGAGAGCCUUCGCCCAGACACAGUGCGGCCGUGUCUUCUGCCAUGCAAGAGGGACUGCAUCGUCACCCCAUUCAGUGACUGGACUCCAUGUCCCUCCACCUGCCAUGCAGGUGGUAACGUGAAGAAGAAGCAGUCCCGGAAUCGCAUCAUCAUCCAGCUGCCUGCCAAUGGAGGACAGGACUGUCCCGAGGUGCUGUAUGAGGAGAGGGAGUGUGAGGCACCAUCAGUAUGUCUUGGAUACCGGUGGAAGACCCACAAGUGGCGUCGUUGCCAGUUGGUACCAUGGUAUAUUCGUCAGGACAGCCCAGGGGCCCAGGAAACAUGUGGACCAGGUCUCCAAACCCGAGCUGUCUCAUGUCGGAAGCAGGACGGUGGGCCGGCGGACAUCGUAGAGUGUUUGAAGUUUGCUAGUUCCAUGCCCCCCAUCACCCAGCCUUGCCAAAUCCUCUGCCAGGACGACUGCCAGCUCUCCAGCUGGUCCAAGUUCUCACCCUGCGUGUCCGACUGCUCAGGAGUCCGGACCCGGAAAAGGGUGCUCGUGGGCAAGAGCAAGAAAAGAGACAAGUGUAAGAACACUCAGGUGUACCCCCUGAGCGAGACACAGUACUGCCCCUGUGACAAAUACACUGCCCAGCCCGUGGGGAACUGGUCUGACUGCAUUUUGCCUGAGGGCCGGGUGGAGGGCGUUCUGGGAAUGAAGGUCCAAGGUGACAUUAAGGAGUGCGGUCAGGGCUACCGCUAUCAGGCUGUGGCUUGCUACAACCAGAAUGGCCGGCUUGUGGAAACUUCACGCUGCAACAGCCAUGGUUACAUUGAGGAGGCAUGCAUUAUUCCUUGCCCCUCAGACUGCAAAUUAAGUGAGUGGUCCAACUGGUCCCGCUGCACUAAGUCCUGUGGUAGUGGGGUCAAGGUCCGGUCGAAGUGGCUCAGAGAGAAACCGUACAAUGGUGGACGACCCUGUCCUAAACUUGACCAUGUGAACCAGGCCCAGGUGUAUGAGAUGGUACCAUGUGUCAGUGACUGCAGUCAGUAUGUCUGGGUUGCUGAGCCCUGGAGUGUCUGGAAGGUCAGCAAUGUGGACAUGAAGGAGAACUGCGGUGAGGGUGUUCAGACCAGAAAAGUCAGGUGUAUGCUGAACACUAUUGACGGGCCUUCAGACCCAGUUGAGGAUUACCUGUGCGAUCCAGAGGAGAUGCCGCUUGGAGCUCGGGAGAGCCAGUUACCGUGUCCGGAGGACUGCGUGCUAUCAGACUGGGGUUCCUGGAGUCGCUGUAGCCUGCCAUGCAACGAAAAGACCAGUCGAGAGCGGACAGCAUAUGCCAUCCGCCUGACAGGAGUAGGGAAAGAGUGUCCAGCCCCCACAGAGACCGAACCCUGCAGCCUGAAUAAGAACUGCUACCACUACACCUAUAACAUCACAGACUGGAGCACAUGUCAACUGAGUGAGAAAGCCAUCUGUGGGAAUGGCUUCAAGACACGCAUGCUAGACUGUGUGCGCAGCGAUGGGAAGUCUGUUGACCUCAAGUAUUGUGAGGAGCUGGGACUGGAGAAGAAGUGGCAGAUGAACACCUCGUGUGUGGUGGAGUGCCCUGUUAACUGCCAGCUGUCCGACUGGUCCCAGUGGUCCCAGUGCUCCCACACCUGUGGGCCCAUAGGGAAAAUGUGGCGGAGGAGGGCAGUGGUCCAGGCGUCGCAGGGGGAUGGCCGGCCCUGCCCCUCACAGAUGGAGCAGUGGAAGCCCUGUCCUGUCCGGCCCUGCUACAGAUGGCAGUACAGCCAGUGGUCAGAGUGCACGGUGGAGGAUGCCGAGUGCGGUGAGGGCUUCCGUUUCCGGAACAUAUCCUGCUUCGUGUCAGAUGGCUCCAGGGAUGGAGAGGGAAGCAUGGUAGAUGAAGAGCUCUGUGGCGACCUGGAGCCAUCAGUGGAUGGGGACAAACAGAUCAUUUUGGAGGAGGCCUGCAUCGUUCCCUGCCCAGGUGACUGCUACUUAAUGGAGUGGACAUCAUGGAGCCCGUGCCAGACCAGCUGUGUGCAAGCCGAUGACCUUGGGUUUGAUUCUGUCCAGGUCCGAUCCCGGGCCGUCAUCGCCCAGGAGCCUGAGAACCUGCAGCAGUGUCCAGACCAGGACUGGGAAACUCGGCCCUGCGCAGACGGGCAGUGUUACGAGUACAAGUGGAUGACCGGCGCAUGGAGAGGGUCCUCUCGCCUGGUGUGGUGCCAGCGCUCCGACGGGUUAAAUGUCACAGGUGGUUGCCCCCUCACCAGCCAGCCAGUGUCAGACAGGUCAUGUGACCCACCGUGUGAGAAGCCACAGUCCUACUGUAAUGAGGCUGGUGUAUGCGUGUGCGAGGAAGGCUUCACGGAGGUGAUGACAUCAGACGGCCUACUGGACCAGUGCACCCUGAUCCCUGUGCUGGAGAUCCCCACCGCUGGGGACAACAAGGCCGACGUGAAGACCAGCAGGGCCAUCAACCCAACCCAGCCCACGUCAAGUCAGCCUGGCCGAUCCGGGCGGACCUGGUUCCUGCAGCCUUUUGGACCAGAUGGCAAGCUGAAGACGUGGGUGUAUGGGGUGGCAGCAGGGGCCUUUGUGCUCCUUAUAUUUAUAGUCUCCAUGAUCUAUCUCGCUUGCAAAAAGCCAAAGAAACCACAGAGGAGACAAAAUAACAGACUGAAGCCUUUGACCCUGGCCUACGAUGGUGACGCUGACAUGUAGACUUCUGGGACAAGCUGGUGCCAUGAAACCUGGUUCGUCUGUAACAAGAGUAUCCCAUCCUCAUUAUAUAAGCACCAUCUAAGGCAGUAACAUCUGGAACCAGGAAAGAUGGCUAACUUUCAUUUUCAAUGGAACACAGAACCUCAGAAACAAAGGAGUGGAAUUUGAUAAAGAAGGCUUCAUGACAAGUUGGAGUACAGCAAAUCCAUGUUUAGCAGUAGCCUUUGUUUUUUUCUGUUUGUUAAUUUUUUAAUCUUCUGUUGCACGAGAGCCUUUACAAACUGUAGACUAAAGGGAACCUGCCUUUCUGUUCUUUAUUUGCUUCAAAACAAACUGCUUUCAAAGUGAAGGUUGCUGCAGAGAGUCAGUGAAACACGGGUGAAAAUUUUUUUCAGGAAGCACAGAGGUCUCCCUCACCUCUGGCGUUUGCCUGUGCUGAAAUCCUGCAAAUGGCAAGAUGCUUGGGGGCUGAGGAAGGGGAUCACACGUUGCCAAAAGUCACUGAGAGGAGAGGAGAAAAGCCUCAUCGGAGAACCAGACUCCAGCCGUUGGAUCUGAGACAUAUGUAGACCUCGCUUACUUAUGGAAAACAAAACGAAAAAUAAAAAAUAUAAAAACUCCAGAUGCUUUUCUUUUCUCUAGCCCAGUUUCCCUGCGGCACCCAUUCUUUGGAAGAGGAAAAUGUACAAAUCUUAAACAAUAUCAAUCUUAACUGGAACUUUUGCCUGUGUCCCUCGUCUCCUUUUCAGGCACAAUUUUUUGCACUAUAUUAGUGCAGCAUGAUAUGCACUUAUAUCUAGUAUUGCCAUAGAAAACUGCCUCUCUCAAAACAGGACAAUGUACAGUUGUGUGCUAGAAGUGUAAAAAAAGUAGACAUUUUCCAUGGAACGCACCAAUAUUUAUUGACAAUGAUGGGAAAAGAUUAGUGGUCAAUGCUGUCGUAUGACAGGAUGGGAAUCUAUGUAAACGUGUAUAUAUUUAAAAAAAAUGUUCUUGUCACAACACCAUUUUUUAAAAGCCAGUAAUUUUGUGGUCUGUAUAGUUACAGUCUGAUGAGUGUCUCGUUUUCUGCCCGACUGACUUUAAAUAUGUAAUUUCAGCGAUGGUUUCUACUGUGAUCUUGACGGUUGUUUACAAUUUGUUGUUUUAUAUUUGUUUAGGUUUUUUUUUUAUGAUAUCCAGGACAUAGACCCGCGAAUGAUUGGUUUUGCUCCACGUUUAGAUGACACAUUUUGUUCAAAAAGAUCCAAAACUUGUGAGAUCUGUACAAUCUAUAACCACUGCUAUGUGAAGUUACAUGGCUUAUUCAUACAAAAGUAAUAGAAUCUGCCUUAUUGUGUACUAGAAUAAGUAUGUAAUUUAUAUGCAGAUUAGCAAGACUGUGGACUGUGCUGAAGAGUACAACAGCACUGCCCCACCUGGGAUUCAAACUGGCAACCUUCUGCAAGCUCUGUUCCC